GUAACUACACUAUGGCUAUUUUAAAUUCUAACCCAGAAGUUCUCUUACGCAAGAGAAAAGACAAAGAUAGAAAGAGGUUGGAGAAACAAGAGCAGGCCCAGCAAAGAGAGUUGGAAAAGUUGAAAAAGCAAAAGAUCCAAUCAAAGAAAUUCAUUAGAGCCGAGACCCUCGUCUCCAACCAUUUAUCUAAACAAUUAGAAUCCAAGAGAGUUAAGAACAUUACCAAGUUCGAAAACCAGAAGUCAAACAAUACUAUAUCCUCCACGUCGACCAACAUAGAAGAUGAAAAGCUUAUUUUUGUCAUCAGAAUACCAAACCAUGUUAAGGGUGUGAAGAUUCCCAAUAAAGCCUCUAAAGUGUUGAGAGUGUUGAGAUUAGAAACCGUCAACAACGGUAUGUUUAUGAAGUUGAAUGAAACCACCAAGCCUUUGCUUAAAUUGAUCCACCCUUAUGUUGUAUAUGGUACUCCAUCUAUCCAAUCAAUCCGUCAAUUAUUUCAAAAAAGAGGUUCCAUUAAAGAUGAAGAAGGUAAAAUAAUCAAGUUGGAUAACAACGAGCUUGUUGAAAAUAAGUUCGAAGAAGUGGGGAUCAUUUGCAUAGAAGAUUUAAUCCAAGAAUUAUGUAAUUUGUCUGAGAACUUCUUGGACAUCACCAGCUGGUUGAUUCCUUUCAAAUUGAACUUACCAGUUAGUGGAUACGGACCUCAAUCCAAACUUGCGAAGUUAAAGUUGGCCCAACAAUCAAAGAGAAAUGUUAGUCUCAAUGGGAAUAUAAGCUUAAAAGAGGUCGAUAUCGACAAAUUGAUUGACGAACAAAAUUAAACGAUAAAUAUUGGCAUAUAGAUAUUUUGUAUCCCCAAAUUAUAUUUCAUGGAAUCUGCG